CUAGCACCAUGGAGAUGUGGCCUCGUCUCGGGGCCACCUGUUUGCUGGGCUUCAGUUUCCUGCUCCUGAUCACCUCUUCUGACGGACACAUUGGGCUUGGAAAGGGUUUUGGUGAUCAUAUUCACUGGAGAACACUAGAAGAUGGGAAGAGAGAAGCAGCAGCCAGUGGAUUGCCUAUUAUGGUGAUUAUCCAUAAGUCUUGGUGUGGAGCUUGCAAAGCUUUAAAGCCCAAAUUUGCAGAAUCUACAGAAAUUUCUGAACUUUCCCAUAAUUUUGUUAUGGUAAAUCUUGAGGAUGAAGAAGAACCCAAGGAUGAAGAUUUCAGCCCUGAUGGGGGUUAUAUUCCACGAAUUCUUUUCUUGGAUCCUAGUGGCAAGGUGCAUCCUGAAAUCAUCAAUGAGAAUGGAAACCCCAGCUACAAGUAUUUCUACAUCAAUGCUGAGCAAGUUGUUCAGGGGAUGAAGGAAGCUCAGGAAAGACUGACAGGUGAUGCCUUCAGAGAAAAACAUCUUGAAGAUGAAUUGUAACACAGAUAUAUCCCUUCCUUCAUUAAAAAUAGUGUUCUGGAAGGAAAGCAGCAGAGGAGAGAAUAUUGAGGAAUUGCCCAAAACAAUUAAACUGACCAGGAAACCUUUUUUCUUCCUACACUGGAAGGAGCUCUCUCACUGUGGAAGAGAUCUGUUAAAAGAAGCUGGUCUGAUUGUUUGUGGAUCCAGCAGUGUGGCAGACUUGCUUCUUUUGCUCCCUGUCACCUAAAUGUCCAUCUGUCUUUGAAUGUAAAGAAUGAAACCUGACACAGAACUUGAGCCACUUGGAGGUUAAUACCUCACUUACACUUCAGUAUUUUGAGUCUUUUCCCAUUUCCUCCUGCUUUACUCACCUUAGUGGUGAAAGAGACAAGUAGCAUCUUUUCUACAAUGUUAAAAUGGCCGGAAUAGCAAUUUUUAAGAAAACAGUAAAUCCUAAAUGUAAAUCAGUAAUUCUAUCCCCUGUCAAGGAGACCAGCCUGUUUUUUUGUCUUUUUCUCCUGGGAAUAAUCUUGGGCUUCUUCCUGAAUCUCUGCAUCCUCCUUCCUC